GUUCUUCUUGCUGCUCAUAACAUACAGUUGAAUACUACGCAUUACUUACCCCGCACCUGCACGAGGAUGUCACUCCACACCACCGCAGAGAAUCGCUUUGAUGGCUUCAACAUCUACAGGACUUCAUAUAAAAAGAUUGGCGACCACAAAAUAGAAGUCAAUGUCCUCGUACCUAAAGGGAUCUCCCCAGGGAAGCAUCCUGUGAUGGUCAGAUGGCAUGGUGGAGGUCUAACCACAGGAACGGCAAUGUACGCUGAGUGGUUCUCUGCAUACCUGGUCCCCUUGAUCAUCGACAACGGAGCAAUUGCCGUCCUUCCAAACUACCGAUUGACCCCAGAACACACUGGCGAUGAUAUUUUAGAAGACAUCGCCUCUCUGGGAGAUUGGCUUACGUCUUCGCUGCCCACGUACCUCGCAUCCAAGGACUCUUCCAUUGAGCCUGACUUAUCCCGAAUCUUAAUGUCAGGAGAUUCUGCAGGCGGAUGGAUGGCGCUUCAGUCCAUCCUUUCCUUACCGGAAAAUACAUUCCGCGCCUGUUUUAUUCAGUAUCCCGUGGUCAAUGCCAUUCCCAUUUCCCCAGACGCUAUUCUUAUGGGAAACCCCGUUCCACCGAAGAGUGACCUGGACGAGUUUCUUGCAAGUAUGAAACCAGGCACUAUCAUCAGCGGAGCCACCCCACCAGCUCGGGCUACCAUCAUGUCAUUGCUACUGGCAUACGGGCGCUGGGACGAGUUCUUUGGCACGGGCCAGCACCUCAUGCCGGAGACGCGUAUCGAGACUGCAAAGUUCUUUGUUCCAACUUAUAUUAUGCACGGCAAAGACGACUCACUUGUGCCUCUCAAGUGGACGGAGAAGUUUGUAGACAGGGCAAGGGAAUUAUUUCCACACACAAGAUUCGAUCUAGUCACACCGCCUGGGGAACAUGGUUUUGAUGAUUCAAUCUACAAGGAGGAUCAUCCGUGGCUUGCAGAAAUGUUGAAAAGUGUCGAGAAGGACUGGCUCGAAUGACAUAGGAAUGUGACUGGGAACUCGUUGAGCAUAGCGAGUUGAAGCUACUCCACCAUCUGGUGUUUUGUAUCAAU